AUGUUCCAACGCUCUCAACCCGCAUCGAGCUGCCAAGCUCUCGAUCCACAUGGAGCUGCCACGCUCUCAUCCUCCAUCGAGCUGCCACGCUCUCAUCCUGCAUCGAGCUGCCACGCUCUCAUCCUGCAUCGAGCUGCCACGCUCUCAUCCUCCAUCGAGCUGCCACGCUCUCAUCCUCCAUCGAGCUGCCACGCUCUCAUCCUCCAUCGAGCUGCCACGCUCUCAUCCUCCAUCGAGCUGCCACGCUCUCAUCCUCCAUCGAGCUGCCACGCUCUCAUCCUCCAUCGAGCUGCCACGCUCUCAUCUCGCAUUGACGUCGUUUUGAUGGGGAUGCCUAAGUCUGGGACGACGUGGAUGCUGGAGAUCCUCUGGACGAUGCUCCAUAACCCUGACCUUAACAACCCACAAGGCGUCGACGAGCUCAUCUAUAUACGAGCACCACAUAUUGAGUUUGACAUGUUUUCCGAUAACAAGAGUUAUUCAAAAAUCUUUGGAAAAAAUGUGCGGUCUGUUGAGGUGUUUAGCCAAAUGUGUCCAGGGAAAAAGAUGGAAGACGGAGUGUUUCUCCAGCUGAGCGAGGCUCUACCUGCUCCUCGAGUGAUCAAGACGCACCUGCCUUUCUCCCUCUUGCCUCCUGAUCUUCUUCACACAGCUAAGGUUGUGUAUAUGGCCAGGAACCCUAAGGACGUGGUGGUGUCCUUGUUCCAUCACUUCUGCAACUUACAGCUCCAUGAUUAUACUGGCCCCUUCGACACUUUCAUUAAGCACUUCAUGAAUGACGAUCUGUUGUACAGCCCAUACUGGCCCCACAUCAAGAUGGCGUGGAAGAACAAGGACCAUCCCAACAUGCAUUUUCUCUUCUAUGAAGACCUGAAAACUGACGUAAUGAAAGAACUGAGAACUCUGAAUAAAUUCUUGGGCACCAACCUCACCCAGCAACAACUUGAUAAUGUGGUCGAAUACACAUCUUUCUCGUCAAUGAAAAAAAGGACUAUUAAAAUGGAUGAAAAUUAUCCGGGUGUUAACAGGAAGAAAGGCGGUUUCAUUAGGAAAGGUGAAACAGGAGACUGGAAGAACCACUUCUCAUCUGAGCAGGAACAACAGAUGAACCUGUGGAUUGAGAAUAAUUCUGCAGACAUUACCUUUAAGUGA